GGUCCCCGAUUCUCAAGCCCCCGGAACAUGCUGAAGGUGAACAGAAAGUGGACCUCUUCCAUCUCGCCCCUCUCUGACAACAGCAUUGAUCUUCACACCAUGAUCAGGACAUCGCCUAACUCUCUAGUGGCCUUUAUCAAUAACUCUCACUGCGGCUCAACAACCAGUGGGUCGUAUGGCCACUUAUCUGUCACAGGCAUCAGCCCGACGUGUGGAUUUCCUCAUCCUCUGACGCCGUGCUCCAAGCACCAGCAGUUCCCCAUUCAGCCGAGGGGCCCAGCCACCACGUUUGGGAGCAGCCAAUCUUCCGUGCCUUGCAGUUCCCAGCAGCCUAGUGGAGUCACGCUCCUGACACACUCACAACUGCUCCAGCCUUCCAAACCCUUCCAGGCUGAGCCAUCAAUCAGCAGCUCACUGGACCCCGUCAAUGCCAGGCAUCUGGAAGAGAGAUCUGAAGGAGAUGUGUCCAGCCCUGCUUCGACAGGCACACAGGAUCUUUUGUUGGGAAGAGAGGAUGGAGAUAAGGAUGAUGGGAAACAAGAGCCAGCCAUCUAUGAGACAAACUGUCACUGGGACGGGUGCAGUAAAGAGUUCGAUGCUCAAGAUCAACUUGUGCAUAUCAGCAAUGAUUUCAAUGACCGGCAGGAGCAGACGCGAUGGGAUGAAUGGUCUUCUUACACUCCUAUAUCUUAAAGUCCAACAGCGCUUCAAUAAUUCCCAAUUCUGUGCCCUUCCUUCUCUCUCAUCUCAUUCUUAUCCCAUCCAAUACUUUCUUUCCAAUUCCAUGUUCAGCUCCUCUCAGGCACUUGCCUGCUCUUACACUUUCUCCCGAAUGUAUGCCCAAUCUUUAAACACUUAUUCAUGGGAUGACGGCAUCACUGGUUAGGCCAACAUUCAUUGCCCAUCCCAGAGGGCGGUUAAGAGUCUACCACA